AUGAACUCGCUCAAUCUCAUCUCCUCCCGAGUGAUCGGACAGUCUCAAUCAUCCUCUCGCCCUCGGUCCCGGUCUCAAGGUGGGGAACUUUUCAAGAAGGAGUUCAGUGUUGAGGAGUUUAGAGGAAGAUCAUAUAGCGGAGAGCUUACAGCCGAGUUGAAGAAUGAGCCAGACACGGGUUUCCCAGACAAGCUCCCUGGUGAAGCAACUGCCGAGGACGACGAGCCAGCCAUAAAAUCGGAGGAGGAGAAGCAGCCUUUACUGCACGCGGAUGAGAAGGAAGAUGAAGCCUCGACUCCGGAAGGUUGGCGCCUGCUGGUCAAGCAGCUCACAGACGCGAUAACCACCAUUCUGGCUGCAAUUGGCGCCCCAGUGGUGUACCUUGCGCAGUGCUUUAGAGACCAGGACGGGAGGUUCACCUUUGUUCCAGGAUGGCCGCGAAGGGAGAGAGCCCUCAAUGCCAGCACUCCUCGUGCGAUGGGGGUCUCCAAUGCUGCCCGGGACGGCAGUUGGCCCAACGAGAAACCAUCUCAUCGCGCGCUCCAAGAGACGAAGCUGCGCCACUCCUAUUCAAGCGACUCGUUAGAUACCACAACUUCGGAUUCGGAUGCGGAACAUCGCAAGGUGGAGCGUGCUCAGCUACGCUCAAAGCCGAAGCGCGAAAAGGCAGUGCGGGAGGACUCGGAAACCCGACGGUCCUCCAUCAGGAUCAAAGAGCAGAAUGAUCUUGCUCUCAAAAGGAGAAAGCAAAAGAAAGCGGCCAGCCCCCUGGCCGAUUCCACUCCAUUGACGAUCGAUAAUAUCAAGUCCCCGCGAUCGCCUUCCCCGUCCCUCAGGAUGACCCGAUAUCCCCAUGCGCCGCAACCACCUCGACCCCUGGUCCCCCGGAGGCAGCCUUCUUAUGCCAACCUCAUCCCCAGAUCUCCGACCCGGCAUGGUCCACCGCUACAGCAGAAAACCCUGAUCCUGGAUCUUGACGAGACCCUGAUUCAUUCUCUGGCGAAAGGAGGCCGGAUGUCGUCCGGGCAUAUGGUGGAGGUCAAAUUGAAUGCCCCUGUGGCUCUCGCACCUCCUCAACCUGGUCAAGCAACCCCUGUGAUAGGACCGCAACAUCCUAUCCUAUAUUAUGUUCACAAGCGACCCCACUGUGACGAGUUCCUGCGUAAGGUGGCCAAGUGGUAUAAACUUGUGGUGUUUACGGCGUCAGUGCAAGAGUACGCUGAUCCCGUAAUUGACUGGUUGGAACAGGAGCGAAAGUACUUUGUGGGCAGAUACUACCGGCAACAUUGUACAUUUCGCAAUGGGGCGUACAUCAAAGACCUCAGCAGCAUUGAACCCGAUCUGAGCAAGGUUAUUAUUCUGGACAACAGUCCCGUCAGUUACAUUUUCCACGAAGACAACGCGAUCCCGAUCGAAGGAUGGAUCAAUGACCCGACCGACAACGAUUUGCUUCAUUUGAUACCCAUGUUAGAGGCACUGCAGUAUGUGACGGAUGUGCGGGCGCUGUUGGCGCUAAGGAGGGGAGAGGCAGAGGCCAGCGCAUCGGCUUCAUAG